GGCAGUGGCGGAGCCGUUGGAGGUAGCGGCGGUAGUUGCAGGUGUGGGUCCCCUGUGAAGGGUCGGGCCGUUCGGGACCAGCGGCGCAGGAUUGCGGCCGUAGCGCUGCCCUGAGGCAAGGGACGGAGGCGCGGUGUCGGUGCGGAGAGAGAGCAGGGAGCGCCCGCCUGGCUGCGCGGGCCCGGCUCGCCACGGUGCCCUGUGAGAAGCGAGAGGAAGGGGGAGGCGGCGGCCGCGGAGAGGAGGGCGCUGCCAUCGUCCUGCUGCACGGCAAGGCCAGCUUGGCGAGCCUGGCCAUGGCCGCCAUCCGCAAGAAGCUCGUGGUGGUGGGAGACGGUGCUUGUGGCAAGACUUGCCUCCUCAUCGUCUUCAGCAAGGACGAGUUUCCCGAGGUCUACGUGCCCACCGUCUUUGAGAACUACGUGGCUGACAUCGAGGUGGAUGGCAAGCAGGUGGAGCUGGCGCUGUGGGACACAGCUGGCCAGGAGGACUAUGACCGCCUGCGCCCACUCUCAUACCCGGACACCGACGUGAUCCUCAUGUGUUUCUCUGUGGACAGUCCAGACUCGCUGGAGAACAUCCCGGAGAAGUGGGUGCCCGAAGUCAAGCACUUCUGCCCCAACGUCCCCAUCAUCCUGGUGGCCAACAAGAAAGACCUGCGCAACGAUGAGCAUGUGCGUAACGAGCUGGCCCGCAUGAAGCAGGAGCCGGUGCGCACGGAGGACGGCCGUGCCAUGGCCAUUCGCAUCCAGGCUUACGACUACCUGGAGUGCUCGGCCAAGACCAAGGAGGGUGUCCGGGAGGUCUUCGAGACUGCCACCCGCGCAGCCUUGCAGAAGCGCUACGGCACCCAGAACGGCUGCAUCAACUGCUGCAAAGUCCUAUAGGGUGCUGUGGGAGCGUGGCGCUGGGCACGGCGCCGGGUCACCUGUUGGCAGGCGAGAGGAGCUGGGUUAUGCACGCACAUGGCACCCGCCUGCCCCCUCCGCGGGGGAUGGCGGUCGGUCAGGGUGGGGGCCAAGGCGGGGGCACGCUCCCUCAGCUUUGGCCGAAAAGGAUUGUGCUGGCUCGGCUGUGGGGAGGGGGGGAGGGAAUUGCAUGCUCUGAGUCUUAGGAAUAAAGUGGGGAGAAGCCUUCUCCUACUAUCUGCCCCUGUGAGUUAAUCACAGGCUCUCGACAACAGAAGGCUGCUGAGACUGGACUGAGCAACCGUUGCACUCAGCUCUUCCCCUCUGCCUGCCACCUGCUGCUCCCAGCCCCCAGACAGCCUCCUCUCUUUUGCCAGAGGAGCGCGGUAGAGCUGAGACGCUGGAAAGGAUUUCUGCCUCCUGCCUGCAUGUGCCUCCCCCCCCCAGGCAGGCUGGGGAAGGGGGCUGCAUUUCCUAGGCUGCCUGCAGCAUCCUCACCUCUCCCACAGACGUUUCAGCCUGAGCCUGACCUGCUGUGGAAGUUAGUGCCCUGAAGACUGUGACUGGGAGGGGAGGAUCAUCCCAAGUGAAGCCUGUAUAUAUCUUACCUUUUCUGUCUUGUGCAAACUGGGGUAGUGCAGGGGGUGCUUAUUUAAAGUGAAGUGGGGAGGGAGUGCCCAGCUGGGGCCUGUGUUGUGCAAAGGAACUUGUCCUGAGUGACUGAUGCCUGCUAAUAAUGUGAGCCUUGAACUGACUCCAGCUGCAGAAGCCACCAGGCUGGAAAGUAAAUCUGAACUGCUCUGUCCUCCUUGCUGGACAUACUCCUCCCGAGGGACACGGCAGGAGGAGCAAGGGGGAAGGGAGUGAUUCUGCCAUAUUAUGAUCUUGGUGCCUGCUCCUUCCCUUAAUGUUGUCUUCUGCAAGUAUGUUGAUUUGGGUUUAUUUAAAAGUUUAUAUUCAAAAGAAGUUACUUUGCACAACUUGGUGGGUUGUUUUUAAGUUAAACGCUCAAUGCACUUGCCAUCUGCGUACAACACUGUAGCAUUGGAAACAUUCUCACUCAGUAACCUCAUCUUGGUCUUGUUUUAAAUUGAUUUCAACAUGAGAUAGACUAAAACCACUUUAUCUUUUUUGCCUUGGAGAAAAAAAAAGUGUGAAAGCAGCUGUUCUUCAUGCAGUGAGUACAUCAGACUUCAGUACUGAAGGGCAAUUUAAAGAAUCUAGGUUUAUUUAAAACUUAUUUUCACAGGGUAGCCAGCCCAGGUGAAAAUAAGUCUUGUGUUUCUCUGGUUCAGAGAACAAAUGUAUCCAUUUAUGCUUGUUUACUUUUCUCCCUCUUCCCUCAACAGUGGUACUGAGACUGUUUUUUUGUUUUUAAUAAACUGACAUGGCAAAAACUGAGAUGUAUAUGAUGUUUACAUAAAAUUAUGAACUGUGUAUGCAGUUUUUUAUGUAAAGUAUUAAAAGAGUCUAUGCUGA